UAGAUGAGACUGGCAUUGAAUUUUCUGUAUUUAUAGAAAUGACUCCUAUUCCAGAUAAAGUGAACAGAAGAGAACGAAAUAAAUAUGUUAAAUGGCAAUUGAAACAUAUCAAAGACACUUUCAAUCCAACCUAUGAUAUAAAUAACCUGGUAAAAAAAUCUGCACCUUAUACAGCAAACAGAAGAAGAAACACAAUAACACUUUACUUGAUCUAUACCACAUCCGGAGCCAUCAUGUGGUUCUUUGGAACUGCAUUAGGCUUUAGUAAAGAUGCUGAAAUAGAAAAAAUUAUAUUUGAUUGUGUUAUUGAAUACAAACAAUUAUCACCCGGCACAAAUAUACCACCAGAUGAUGAAACAGAUAAUGACCAAUAUGAGUAUUUUGGAAAUGGAGAAGUGACGUUCAAAAAUUAUAAA